AAGAAGCAGUUUGUGGGUGUGUUUUUGUUUUGCUGAUACUUCUUGUGCUUGCAUUUGAUUUUGAAAUACUGGUGGCGUAGUAGUGCAGACAGAUAAGGAAAGGAGGUGUUGGCAGGACAGCUCAGGCUUAUUUCGUUUCCUUUUUUGAUAGCUGGCAGGCAGCGUUCUGUUUUCAGUCAAGUGUUACACUCCAUGGUGGUAGAGCCUCGGAAAUGCCUGGUGCCAGAGUAGCUCUGAGGAAAACCCACUACUUCAUAACAGGCAAGGAGGGUGCCGCGUCGUACAUUGGACGGGUAUUCGAUCGCCUACUUGAUUACCUGCAGUACGAGUCGCAGCCCGAGAAUCGUGGCUUGCCACUGGAGGGAUUUUACACCGAGACACGAGAAACCGUGAAUAGGAAGGGUGUUGUGACCAUUGUUGGUCGGGAUAUCAAGACUAUCGGUGAAGGAUUGGUCUUUCCCAUUGCUGAACUAACAUCGCAAAAGUCACCAUGUAGACCUGUGGCUGGUCCCCGACUGUACGUAGGUAACUACAUGAUCAGUCCGGAAAGGUUUGACGAGGUCGUUGUGCCGUUGCUGCGUGCAUCACUGGAAGCCUCACGGGACACGCACGGCGUGUUUCUGAUGAACGGCAUCAACCCGAUCACGGCGUGCAGUAGUGAGUUCCUGCAGGUGCUCAAGCAGGCUAUAGAUGAUCCCGGAAAGCUGCACUUGAUCGGCACGAUGGCGUGCCCGCAGCCGGGUAUAAAUCACUACACGCCUGCAAUGAAAUCUGUACUGAGCUACAUUCAAACACACCCACUGUGUGCUGUUCAAGAGGUGACGCCCAACAAGUUUGGCAAGUCUGCCGACAAGCUCAUGGGAGAACUGAUGAAGGCUGUUGAUGGGGUCGGCAAGAACAAGGAUGACACGAAUACGGAUGCAACGUGAGGCUUGCUGUGGUGAUGUGUGUGGCAUCUGUUGCUGCAUUGCCUUGUCCUCCUCGAACUGUCUGUGGACCCACGUACAAGGCAUCAGUAAGGUGUUGCUGCAUGGCUGCUGCAGUGGCUUGUCCUCCUCGAACUGUCUGUUGACUGGCACAAGGCAUCAGUGAGGCGAGUGUGCAACAUUGUGUUGGUGCUCUACCGUUGCUGCUCCGCAUUGUCAGUCCGCGAACUGUCGGAAAUUGCUACGAGCAUGUUGGCUGUAUCUGCUCGUCAUGUGCGGCGCAGCACCGUAGCGUGCUAGAGUGUCCACAUGGACUAGGCUACUUGUGCGCACAGAUUCAUAACCAGGAAACACAGUACACUGUACACUGUACUUUUGAGACUGGGCUAUUCCCGCUGACGAAAGGAGAAUGGCCCACGGUGGCCACUGCACAGCUGUUUACGUGCAGCCGUUGCAUGUUCAGUACUCUAAAUGUGCCACUUUCCCACAUCAAGCCACUCGGAACGACUGUGUGCUGACGGUGUGCUGACGGUGUGCUUGCCUCGUAUCAUCAGCAGGUGUUGUGCUGUGUAUGAGUGCUGCUGUUGCUCUCCGAGCCGUUUGUUUGUGUUAUUUGAAUACGGUGGUGCGGAUGAGGAUACCUUCCCUCUACAUGACAUCUGUGAGACUGAUGACUGAGUACAGGGCCAUGUUGUACACUGCAAGUGUGCUUACAUGUGCCAGUGCCAGCCACAGGGCAUCUUUGCUGUUUGUUUCGCUGCUACAGACAUCGGUAUUGCUCGCUCUCUCUACUGUAGUCACCUCUACUUCAAAGUUCAGAGUACUUCGAAGCAUGUGUUGUGUUUAGUGCCCGUGCCCAUAGUGUGUGGUGCCGACGUGUUAAUCGCCGGGCUUGAUGACCGGGUAAUACACAUGAAUUGCCGGGCUUGAUGACCGGGUAAUACUGUUCUACACGUACGUGUACACUCUUUUUGAAACUCCCUGACUUGGGGUGCCAGUAAUAGCUCGGACUCUGCAGUGUUAUGAGAAUGAUCCAACCAAUUUUGGUUGUUCAUAAAUGACAAUAUGAGAGAAGUAGCCUUGUUGGGUUGAGGCUAGCUGUGAAAAGAGCUGCUACAACUACAGCGUGGCCAAGAGUUCAUAUCCCCCUCUUGGGUAUUGGCAUAAACUGUACUCUUGGUGUGGUGCAGUCAAGUGUCCAUCCGUAGACUCUUGGUACAAUUGCGUUCACACUUUACACCACACUUCACGACUGUCAUGCCUAUUAUGUGUAACAGUGUUGCUGCUGCUGCUGCUGCUGUGGUUGUGGUUGCUACCAUUGCUGCUGCUGUUGCUGCUGUCGUCUCUGAUCUAUUUCCCCAAUACACAGUGACACUGCAAUACCUUCUGAGAAUCUCACCAGACCAAGAUCCACGUCAA